GUGUAGCCUUUAGAGCAGUGUUUCUCAACUGGUGGGUCGCGACCCAAAAGUGGGUCGCGGGGCCGUUUUUGGUGGGUCGCGAGCCUUUUUCUAAAAAGAGAGAAAAAUAAAGAUAAUCCAAUUUAGUGGCGAGUCAUUGUAGUUCCCCUCCGCACCCGCAGGGGGUCGUCGUGUCAGCAGCGACCGGUGAGGACACUCGUAUUACUGUAGAAGAAACUGCAUGUUUUCAUAGCAACAGCAGCAUGGCUAAACGCAAGUACGACAGCGAGGACAUUAAAUAUGGAUUUUCCUACAUCGAAGACAAAGGAGUCCAAAAGCACGCAUCUGAAUAAACUUUUCGAGCGGUUUAGCGACUACUUUCCCGAUAAACAACCCGAGGACGACUGGGUGCGCGACCCGUUUGGAAUAAACAUGGAAAGCAUCACGUUGCCUAGCAGCGAUGAAUGUCAGCUGGUGGAGCUAUCAUGUGACCGCACUCUCAGAAAGAAAUUCACAGAGGUGUCUGAACACGCUGAACUCUCGUGGAUCCUCGGCUGUCUGACCAGCAUGCCUCGACUCAGACACCUCCCACAGUGGAAGAUGAAGAGCAAACAGAAGAAUGAGGGCAGCGUCGGCCUCUAUACGUAUCCCGUCCUGCAGGCUGCAGAUAUCCUCCUCUACAAGUCGACUCACGUCCCCGUCGGAGAGGACCAGGUCCAGCAUCUGGAGCUCGCUCAGGAUCUCGCUCGCAUCUUCAACCACCGAUUCGGAGAUUUGUUCCCUGAACCUCGAGCUCUGCUCAGUUCUACAAGAAAAAUCAAAUCUCUCCGCGAGCCGUCGGCUAAAAUGUCCAAAUCCGACCCCCAGACGAUGGCGACCGUCUUCCUCACCGACUCUCCGGACGACGUCGCCCUGAAGAUCCGCCGCUCCGUCACCGACUUCACCUCCGAGGUCACCUUCGACCCGGAGAACCGGCCCGGCGUCUCCAACCUGGUGAGCAUCCACGCCGCCAUGGCGACCAUCUCCGUGGAGGAGGCGGUCUCCCAGGCGACGGGGCUGGACACGGGGGCCUACAAGCAGCUGGUGACGGAGGCGGUGGUCCAGAGGCUGACGCCCAUCAGGCUGCAGGUGGAGCGGCUGCGGUCCGACCCGGCUCACCUGGAACACGUUCUGGCUCAGGGGGCCUCCAGGGCCCGAGAACUGGCCGCUCCGGUGCUGGAGGAGGUCAAGCAGAGGGUCGGGUUCUGCUGAAGCCAGACCAGCUGCUGCUGAUGGGACUCUUUAAGAUGUUAGAGCCAUGACAGAAAGACUCCAGGUGACUUUAGUCCUUUUGUUCCAUUGAAACGAGAGAAGAAAACUCUCUGAUACCGUGGUUCUGUUUUCUGGUUCUGUUUUCUGGUUCCGUCUCUGGUUCCGUCUCUGGUUCUGUUUUCUGGUUCCGUCUCUGGUUCCGUCUCUGGUUCUGUCUCUUGUUCUGUUCUCUGGUUCUGUUUUCUGGUUCUGUCUCUUGUUCUGUUUUCUGGUUCUGUUCUCUGGUUCUGUUUUCUGGUUCCGUCUCUGGUUCCGUCUCUGGUUCUGUUUUCUGGUUCCGUCUCUGGUUCCGUCUCUGGUUCCGUCUUUGGUUCUGUUUUCUGGUUCCGUCUCUGGUUCCGUCUCUGGUUCUGUUUUCUGGUUUUUUCUCUGGUUCCGUCUCUGGUUCCGUCUCUGGUUCCGUCUCUGGUUCUUUCUCUGGUUCCGUCUCUGGUUCUGUUCUCUUGUUCUGUCUCUGGUUCCAUCUCUGGUUCCGUCUUUGGUUCUUUCUCUGGUUCCGUCUCUGGUUCCGUCUCUGGUUCUGUUUUCUGGUUCCGUCUCUGGUUCCGUCUCUGGUUCUGUUUUCUGGUUCCGUCUCUGGUUCCAUCUCUGGUUCUCAGCAUCACGUUUAUCACUUCACAGCUUAUUUAUUUGCAUCUGAAUGUCUUCAAACACCACAUUAACUCUCUAGUUCUGUCUUUUUUAUAUUAUUCACACUCAUCACUGUGCCACAAAAAUCAAUAAAAGUUCUGGAAAGCAA